AUUCUUUCUCUGCGAUGUGAAAAAGUGUCCCUUUCUUUCUUAUAUUAAUUUCUUCUUUGAACCUUUUCGCUUACUACAUAGUUCUCCACUUCCUUCCUUCGAAACUCCCUUUUUGUGUCCAGAUUUCGGCGAUCACUUUUUGUUCUUCCGACAGAUUUCCUUCAUAACUGGAGUUUCUCGUCUCCUCUCUGUCGAACUUGGAUUUCUCCGAUCAUUUGCAGCUUGUGCAAAUCAAUCUCUUCUCGGCGAACCCGUGUCUCUAUCUUCACUGAUGCCAGCAGCAAAAUUAAGGGGCUUUAGUUCUCCAGAUACAAUGAUGUCUGAGCAGAAAGCAGGGAAACCAGAGGAAGGAAAUGAUUCCCUUGACAAUUUUAUCAGACAAGCAAUUGGAAAAGAACCAUUUCUUUCUUUUUCAAGGGCUGGUGACAGCCCAGUCCAGUGGAUUCAGUUACUUCACGCUUUAGACCAGCAAGGUACUAACAAGCUCUCUAAAGGUCCAAAGGUUAACAACACGAUAGAAGGGAAGAAGCAUCAUUUGGAGCAUUGUAAUGGUGUUAGUUCAUAUUCAUAUGAUCCUAAUGGGAUUAAGGAAUCUGGUCACCCUAUAAAAAGCAGUGGAGUUCCUGUAGAAGGGACAAAAAGUGCGUCUGAACACUUGCAAACACUCAAAAUCCCUGAGGCUGUUGUUGCCUUUGCUCAGGCAGCUGCUAGGGCCAAUGGUGAGCCUGAAAAAUACCUUCCAGGAUGGCCCUUGUUGUCUCCUUCUAAGGUGCAGAUGCAAAAGUGCGAAAAGUGUUCCCGGGAAUUCUGUUCGCCCAUUAACUACCGAAGGCAUAUACGCGUGCACCGCCGGUCUUUGAACUUUGAUAAGGAUUCUCCCAAAAAUAGAGAUAUCUUGGGUGCAUUUUGGGAUAAGCUUUCCUUGGAGGAUGCCAUAGAAGUUGUUUCAUUCAAGAAUGUGAUGCUGGAGGAAGUUCCUGGAUCUUCAAUUAUAAGAGCACUGACAUCACUUAUCCGGAAACCGGGGUUUUCUUCACUGCCGCAAGUUCAUGUAAAAGCUGGUGCUGUACUUCUGGAUGUUGUCCAAGGUAGACCGUCCAAGCUUCCUAUAUCUUCCCAAGAACUGUUCAGUAUACUCGAUGAUGCAAGUGAAAAGACCUUCUUGUGUGCUGGCACAGCUUUGUCCCUGCAAAAAUUUGUAUUUGAUGGAGAAGCUGCAAAGAUUGGUCUUGAGCUGAAGAAUCUAGUUGCUUGCACUAGUUUCCUGGUGGAACAGAAACUGGUAUACUCUCUCUCUACCAAGGGCUUGUCUCGCCCACAGUUCACUUGGUUAAAGGGCAAGCUUACAGUAGACUCACCUCCCGUACAGCUUGAGGGGGGGUGA